AUGUCGCUGGCGUUCAGGUCUGUUAGGAUUGGCAUUACCACCACAUCAACAUCAAUUCGGGCCAUGAGUAGGGCAAUUCCACGGCGCAUACUGGCGCGGGUAACACUCUCAAGUGUUGAGCCACCAUUAACACCAUCUCAGUGGUCAACGAAAUGCAUUCGAUCGUUCUCCAGUUCAUUACGGACCGCUGCCGAAAAUGACAAUGUCAACCCUCCCUCUCCACCAGCUUCAUCCCCCAAUUUCCUAAGCCAAUCUGAGUCCGCUGCGCCGACUUUGCCGGAACGAAGACGCUCGCCAUCUCUUUCUAAAGCCGCUAGAACCUCGGAUGGGGGCAUGAAUAAACUGCUCACCAUGUUUGACGCAACAAUUCGGCAAAAUACCGAUACCCGGGCGCAGAAAGACGCAGCUAUAUUUAAGGCGGAUUACAAGGACGGAAUCUCUCUUCAUACACCCAAAUUUGAAGAAAAGCCGGAGCCACACCAUUUCCAUAUAUACGCCACGAGACACAACACUCAUAUUACUCUGACGGACCCGAAACGAAAUCCCAUCAUAUCUUUGUCGUGUGGAAACAUAGGUUUUAGGCACAGCGCGAGGAAGCAUUAUGAUUCCGCCUACCAGCUGGCAAGUCAUGUUAUGGACAGAAUGGAGGAUCGUGGCAUCAAUUCCCAGAUCAAAGAACUGGAGGUUAUUCUUAGGGGUUUUGGGGCUGGACGAGAAGCUGUGACAAAGGCAUUGUUGGGUUUGGAAGGAAGGCAGUUGCGGCAUAAGGUGGUCAAAGUCGCAGAUGCUACGAGGUUGAAAUUUGGUGGCACGAGGAGUAAGAAACCAAGACGUCUGGGUUAG